AUGGGGCAAAUGGUGGAAUAUUCCGGCCAGUUACACGGUGCGCCGGCGGGGGCUGUAGCAGGGGCGGAUUUUGUGAAGGGGUUUAGUUUUGUGUCACUUGAUAUACAACCUACCAAUGUUGCAACGAACAACAAACUGCUGCAGCCCAAAAAGGACUUGCUGCCGGGAGAGAAACCAGUAGCUACUGCAACUGGAAGAGAAUCUACAUCCGUCGCCGCUGUCAGGAGAGGAACAACAGCCGUCGCUGCUGGGAGAGAAUCAACCCAUCCAGCCGCAGGAAGAGGAUCAGCAGCACAAGCAGAACCCGCCGCUGCCUAUGUUAGAAGAGAACCAACAGCUGCACGGAGAGAACCAGCCCCUCCAGCCGCCGAAAGAGAAUCAGCAGCAAACGCCGCCGCCGCCGCUGCCGUUAGGAGAGAACUAGCAGCUGCCGCCGUCAGGAGAGAACAUACCAUCGCUGUCACGCAUCGCCAGCCGCCGUCAUAUGCCGAAGUCGUUUCCAAUUCCGGCACCAAACAAUCGCCACCUCCGGCUGACCACUAG